GCAGGAGACGUGUUGAUCCGACCUGGGGGGGAAACGAGUCCAGAUCCGCUUCGUGACACGUCCUCAGACCCAGAUCUCGGGGGCUUCGCGGGACCUUUUGAUGUCAGGCGUCUGUAGACUUUUUGUUGUUGUUGUUGUUGUUGUUCAGAACAAGUACGUCGUCAGUCUCGAUCGCGUUUUAACUGGAAAUAUGGACACGAGAAGAAGCCGAGUGUAAAUACUGUUAUAUAACUUAAGUGGCCGUGGUUUCUCUGACUUGGGUCGGUCGCCUCCAAAACAAAACCGUCUUGGACGAGUGCCACGGGGUAAGGUUGGUGUUACUCGUCUUUCUGGAAGUAAAUAUUCCCAUUGCGGAUGUCUUGCAGAGGGCCCAGCAUGGUGAACAGCCAGGUGUCCAGCGUACCAUCGGCCCCCAGGUCGUGUGCGGGAUGCGGGGGAAAGAUUGCGGACCGCUUCCUGCUCUUCUCCAUGGACCGCUACUGGCACACACGCUGCCUCAAGUGUUCCUGUUGCCAAGCACAGCUGGGGGACAUUGGCACCACCUGCUACAGCAAAGGGGGCAUGAUCCUGUGUCGGAGCGACUACAUCAGACUUUUUGGGCACAGUGGGGCAUGUAGCGCUUGCGGCCAGUCUAUCCCGGCCAAUGAAAUGGUGAUGAAGGCACAGGGGAAUGUCUACCACCUCAAGUGUUUCAGCUGUGCCACCUGUAGAAACAGACUAAUGCCCGGAGAUCGCUUCCGCUAUAUCAAUGGUACCAUUUUCUGCGAGCAUGACAGACCCGGUGCUACGCUGCUCACCAGCCACCUGCCCCAACUUCAGAGCAGCUCGGUGCUGGCGGACCAGAAGGUGUGCUGAGUGACAGAAUCAACGAUUUCCACCUUCACCCAUCCUUCCAAGAAUCACUCAUCCUCGGUACACUCCUCUCAUCCACUGCUGGUGCCGGUUCAUUGUGGAUCGUCGGUGUCUCCAGUCUUUUAGCCGGCAGGACACCGCCCCCCCCCCCCAAAUACUUUAUCUCCUCUGUCGCUUUAAAUCAAAGAUGGGUUCAAGGCGUUAAAAGGACCGCAUUCAUGUUAUACUGAUGUAAAAGACGUAUGUUUGGACCACAAUGGCAAAAGCGUUUUUUAAGGGCCAAGGGAAUGUAAGAAAAUGAAGACUAAACGGCCUUCAACGGGGUGAAGAAGAAAGGUACUCAGAUGUACCGACGGGCCGUCGUUCAAAGACUGUCACAAACACUCGACAUGUGCCAGGUGGCACUUCGACCACCAGAGACGCUGUGUGUGUGGUUUGAACUGUUGGGUCUGAGCCCUUCUCUGUUGUGUAUAUGUUGAUCUGGCAUCUUAAAACUCUAUGGAUUUACUUUGAGUAUAACGGCUGUGUGGCUACCAUAGAAAGGAGAGCUGAAAUUUGUUUUUCCCUAUUGAAAGUUUUGGUGGGGGUUUUUUUCUGUAUAUUUUUAUUUCUUUAGCUUAUCAGAUUACCUGUACUGUGUGUGACAGAGAGAGAAGAGCGAGAGAUUGUGAGAGAGAGAGAAAAAUUGUGAGAGAGAGAGGGAGGUGGGGAAUCAUGUGGAGUAAAAAAAAAAUCCCAUUAAAAAGAUUGUACUGUAACGUGCCACGGAGUAAAGGGAGGUCAUUGUGAAGCCCUUUAGCCAUGUUAGAGAGGCAUUGUGGUACGUAACCUAGCGGCUGGUUGAUGUGGUGUUUUCUGUCUUUCCCCCUGUAUGGUGGAUACAUGCCUGAUUACCCCGAGGAAUGGAAUUAGGGGGCUUGAGCUCUGACCAUUUACAGAAGCAAUUAAACAUGAGCCCUGUAUCUGUGCUGCUGGAGCUCCUGGGAGGCUGAACUUUAGGCAUAUCCUGUGCCUGAGUUGCUGGGUGGCAGCCUGGCUGGCUGGCUGCCUCCUUAUAAAAAAAAAACCUAAUCUGAAAGCGGGCUAAUUAAAGGGGAGUGGCCCAGCCUGCAUCCAGGGCAUUUGAAACAAUCUGAUGUAUUUACCAUUCACCAUGCCGCAAUUAAAGCAUCGAC